UUAAUCUUCUCUGAUCUAGAUCUGAUCUUUAAAAUCCACAGCGUACAAGAAAGUUUAUUGAGCACUGUUAACUAACACUGGAGAACCAAUUUAUUCCAAUCUAAUUUUUGAAUCAGAACAAAGCUCAGUGUCUUCAAUGAAGUUAGCACAGCAAGAACGGCUCAGAGAAACUAGCCAGUAGGACUGUUAUUGCUGGAUCAUCAUGGCCACCAUUUCUCUCCUUAUGUAUCACUGUUCAGUUUUUAUAUGGUACUUUUUCCUCGCCUAUUUACUUUUUUCUGUUGGUACAAAAGAUCCACCAGCUGGAGUUUUUCUGUAUGGUGGACAGUGGAAAUACUUGACAGUACUUAAUGUGGUUUUGCAGACACUGUUUUAUGCUGUCUCCUUUUUGACGGAUCUCCUGCUUCCAAUAAGAGGAAUUAAAUUAGUAAAGUUUGUUAUCUAUUGCAAAGACCUUAUCUUCUCUGUUCUGGCUUUUCCAGCAUCAACUUUUGUGUUUUUAUCCUUCUGGGCAUUGUAUACAUAUGACAGGCAGUUGGUCUACCCUGAAGGUCUGGAUAAAGUCAUUCCACUAUGGCUGAACCAUGCCGUGCACACAGCUGUGUUCCCUAUUGCUGUCUUGGAAAUUGUAACAUCACCACAUCACUAUCCUCCAAAGAGAAAGGGACUCACUCUCUUGGGGAUUUGCUCAGUAGCGUAUCUAAGCUGGGUUCUGUGGAUUUACAUUGCUGACGGAAACUGGGUUUACCCUUUUCUGGGAUUAUUAAAUCCAGUUGGUUUUAUAUUAUUUUUAUUAAGCAGUAAUAUACUGGCUGCAUUGGUGUACAUUGCUGGAGAUACUCUGAAUUAUCUAGUUUGGGCAGGAGAAGCUCGACACAAGAAAAUGAAAUCGUAAACCUACUUGGCAAUGCAGCAAGCCCUCCAGGAAGAGGGGAAUGGAUGUGUUAACAUAUCCCUUUUCCUAUAAUGUAGAGCUCAGUAGCAAUCAGUCAUAACUGACAGCAUGUGAAAUUGGUCUAUUAAAGAACAAAGAAACAGUGAAAGCAUAAACCUUGUCCACCUAUUGAAUUGAAAACGACACAUUUUUGUGCCUUGUGAACUCAUUAUUCUGAUUUAAAAAUGUAUUUAACAAAGAACAAGUUCAAGUCAGUCUCCGGUCUUCUGCUCCAGGAAAUAUUAACUGAAAAAUCUUCACUUGAGUUAUAAGCAGGUUGCAGACCACAUAAAAAAUGUACAGGAAUAAUUAAGCAUUCACAUUUCCACAUUAAGGAGUAAUAAGAAGUGACAACUGCUUGCGUUUAUGAAGCACUGUCCGUUCACACCAUAGAAGAACAUACAUUUGAAGAUGCAGCAGAUUUAUUUACGUAGUGCCAAAAUGUAUAUAUGGAAAAAAUGCCUUAGCAUCACUCCAUAUGACCAAUCAGCAAUAUAGAGACUUGCUUAGUGUACUGUUUUUAGUGUUUAUUGAAGUUGUAGCAUUUGUCAGUUGAAUGACAAGUGGUGGCGCUUACUAUUAGUGGAGGGUUCGACUCCACUUGAGCAGAAGUUAAUGCUCCAUGUACAUUCUAGGCUAAGGAUCUUGUUAUGUUGCAAACAUCACAUUGCUUCAAUUGAAGUAGCUUCUUAAUGAAAGUGAAAAAUACAUGUACGUAAAAAAACAAGUCUUUUUACAAUGUGUAAUAAAGGUUGUACACUCCAGUAAAAAUGCAUACAAAUAUACUUCUAUUAUUUCUAAAAGAAUAUGGAAUUUGUUUAGUUUGGUUU